CAGAGCAGAGUGCAACAUAGUGAAGUGAGAAAGAGAGGCAAGAACCAUGGCGAGCAGGAGAGGGGAGGAGGCGCGGCGUGAUCAGGUUCUCCAGGAGGAGGAGGACUACAUCGACAUGGACCUGGGCUUCGCGGCGGCGGGGAGGGAGUUCGAGUUCCACCACAUGUCGGCGCCGCUGGCCGGCCGGGCGGGGGAGCCGCAGCUGCCGCUGGCGUCGCCGGCCGACGAGCUCUUCUACAAGGGCAAGCUGCUGCCGCUGCACCUGCCUCCGCGCGCCCAGAUGGUCGAGGACCUCCUGCUCGACCGCUGCGCCGCGGCCGGCGUCGGCAGGGGGAGGGGGCGGCACCUCGCCGUCAGCACCGCCCCGGCCACGCCCUGCGAGCGCUCCCGCGGCGCGUCCCCGGCCAACUCGUGCUUCGUCAGCGGGGAGCUCAACGUGGAGGAGUUCUUCCGGGACUACGCGGCCGGCCUGGCCUACGCCGACGACGCCGCCGCGGCCGCGGGCGAGAAGCAGCAGAGGCCCUGGUCCAGGAGGCUCCGGUUCGUCACGCGGCAGCUCAACCUCGGCCGCCAGCUCAAGGCCUCCAGGGCCUACCUCAAGACCAUGUUCGCCGCGCCGAAACCAGCGGGAAACGCCGACGACAAGCCCGUUCUUGGCUCAAAGGACCUCUCGUCCCACCCCCAUGGCCAUGGCGGCCAUCUCCGGGCGUGGAAGAAGAACCCGUUCGGCCAGGUCAGAAGCAACAGGUGCAUCGCCGCUGAUCAGAGCAGCGGAAGCGGCGCCGGCCACCGGAGGUCCUUCUCCAGCGUCAUCGUCCGGUACUCGGCGUCCAACAAGACGUCCCCCGCGCCCCCGGCGCCGUCUUCGUGCUCUUCAACAUCGUCGUCCUGCAAGUCCUCCACCUCCACCUCGUCGUCGGUCCGCAGCUCGAGCGGCUCCGACGGUGCGGGGGCGCCGGCGCUGCGGAGGAGCAGCAGCGCGAGCUCCGAGGCGGAGAACCCCAUCCAGGGCCUCAUCGCCUACUGCAAGAAGUCCCAGCAGCUGGCCUCGGUGCGCAAGAGCGCCAGCGACACCGGGUUCAGGUUCCUGUCCUCGUCGGCGGCGUCCAAGGUCGCCGCGGAAUCCGAGGGCCUGGACGAGCUCGUCGAGAUUUGCAGAGGGUGAUCGAUCGGUGCUGUGCUAACUGUUGAAUGUACAAUGAUGUUUGCAAUGCAUUCUGCAAGUUUUGUGGUACUGAAACUUGUGUCGCCACGGUGUUGCUCGGAUGAACAGAAUCUCUGAACUUUUCAGCCAGAUUGUUUUCAGUGCAUCAUCGGAUUAUGUUUCGUGGUAGAUCAACUGCAGUCAAGUAAUAA